AUGAGGAGAGAUCAGAGAAGUCCAAAACAGGAUCCAAUUUUGAGUUCUCAAUAUGUUGUAUGCGAGGGAAGGUACAACUGCCAUUUUGAAGCACUUGAUCGGACGCUCAGGAAUCCUAUGUCAGUUACCGAUCAACAUAAGACACAUCAACUAUUUGGUGGUAAGGUUAUUGUUCUAGGAGGUGAUUUCAGACAGAUACUUCCGGUUCUGAAACUACAUAUAAAUGUGAGGCUUCUAAUGUCUUCUUCGGAUCAAGAUGAAGGUGAAAUGAAGAGAUUUGCUAAUUGGAUACUUGAUGUUGGAAAUGGAAAUAUUGGCUAUGUUGUUGGUGAUGAAUCAGAAGUUGAAAUUCUAGAUGAUCUAUUGAUUACAACUACUGAUGACCCUCUCUCUCAUUUGAGUAGGGCAAUUCUUGCACCCACACUUGAGAGUGUCGAGAAGAUAAACGAUUUUGUCUUGACAAUCUUUUCAGGGAUGGAAAAGGAGUAUUUGAGCUCUGACACAACAUGUCAAGCUGGUGAGAAUGAAGAUGUAAAAGAAGAGUGGUUCACACUAGAGUUUCUAAAUGACAUCAAAUGUUCAGGAUUACCCAAUCACAAGUUGACUUUGAAGCCAAGAGUCGCUAUAAUGCUACUGCGAAACAUAGACCAGACUUCAGGUUUAUGCAACGGGACAAGAUUAAUAGUUAACGAACUUGGCAGCAACGUAAUUGAAGCGACGGUAGUGACCGGUAGAAAUAUUGGAGAUAAAGUGUACAUUCCAACAAUGAACUUGAUCCCUUCAGAUUCAGGAUUGCCAUUUAAGUUCCAACGGAGACAAUUUUCAUUAACAGUAUGCUUUGCAAUGACCAUUAACAUGAGUCAGGGUCAAUCAUUAUCACAUGUACGGCUUUAUUUGCCAAAAUCAGUAUUCACCCAUGGACAACUUUAUGUUGCUUUGUCAAGAGUUAAGAGUCGCAGUGGCUUCAGGGUUUUAAUUCUAAACGAAGACGGCAAUUCAAAGUCAUCAACAACAAAUGUCGUGUUCAAAGAGGUUUUUAAUAAUAUUUAG